AGAAGCACGCUAAAAAGACAUGUUAAACUUUGCUGAUGCAUGCUUUUCUUACAGGAGUGACAAAUUUGGACUUGCAUUCGCUCCUCGUGGUAAUCGUAGGAUAAGCAGCUGGGUGCACCCGUGUGAGCUUCUCUGUAAUUAACAAAAGCAAAACAAAAAUAAAAACAACAAAAUCUGAUUCAUUCCAUCUCGUUAGCAGCAGUGAACUGAACUAGCCCAUCACAACGCUAUUGUCAACACUGGGCAGCUCACACAGAUGCAGAAGGUACAAGAGGUUAAUUAGACCACCUAACAGCAAUGACACACGCGCCAAUGCCCUUAAGUACAGCAGGCUAGAUGAUAGGACAGAUCCAUGUCGCUGCCUAUCCAGGAGAGCCAAUAAAGAAGCUGCCAUGCUCUACACCUCGACCCCGCUGCCUGUGCGUAGACUCUGGACUGAAGGAUUCAAGAGCACGUCACCCUCCAGCUUGUGGUGUUCUAGCAGCCAGGGCUCUUGCAGUAACCUGUACAUAACUAUAGAAACAAAGAACCAGGCACAACAAGGGAGUGAUGAGAGCAUGCAGCUCGGCAAGACUGAUGAAGGCGGUGCCUGGAGGAGAAGGAGCCCUGCUGUACUUCCAGUGGAGAUGGUCUGCAUUGUAGAUGAUGAUGAUGAUGAUCAUGUGGAAUAUGAACAAGGAUAUAAAGAAGAAGAAAGCAAAGAUGAGAAUGAUAACACUGUGUGUGAUGAAGAUGACUGCUUCUCUGUGCAGUCAGGGUUGUCUGAUGCAGCCAACAGCCUCUGCACACAGUGUCUAGAGUUGUACUGGAGAAUGAGGAGUGAAAUGAAGCCAGUGACCAAGACAAUUGACUAUGAUCCUUCCUCCUUGUCCUGUGAUGAGUGGGUUCUGUUGAAAAGGCACUUGCCACGAAGAUUUCCACAGACCAGAGGGAGUCCACCAACACAUUCGUGUAUGGAGGAGUACUAGGGGUGUGCUGAUACUUGUAAUUUCAGAGUAGUUGCCUUUUAAGAAGUAUCUGUCAACAGAUACGAACUACAUCAAAAUACACCUAUGUAUGAAUUUGUUGAUUUCAAAGUAAAAAAGCAGCCCUUCCCUCACCUUUACAAUUGAGUGCUAAUCAAUGGCGUAUUCCCUCUCAUUGGGGCACUGAUGUUUAUUUCUGCAGACAAGUCCUGUGAUGGUUCUAUUAAAGGUGACUCAAAUUUUUUUUAAGGCAAAAUUUCCAUCUUAUCCUUCUUAACCAUUUACCAGCAGUGAUGUAAAUCAAGCAGUAACUUGAGAUUAUAGACUAAUGUUACUUUCAUCUGCAGAUGAGAAAGUCACAAAUAUUUGUUCCGCUUUCAAUAAAUAAAUAUAAACAACAUACAGGUAUAUCACCGUUUCUAAAAAAUCUUAAGUAACAGAUUUUUUUUAUUAAAAAAAGGUUUCACACUUCUUCCAGUUAGUCUUUAACAUGGAUAUUUAAGAUGUUUAAAUGCUUUUAAAAUGAGUUUAGUUUGAUUCAGUAGGAUUGCUCUGUGAGGUUGUAACCCAACAUCUCGCCAUGUACAACUACAGAAAACUGUGGAACAUUUUGAGGAAAGUAAGGAACAGGAUGGAGAAGCAGGGUCAGUUGGAGUUCGAUGGAAACCACAAGGAAAGGUGCUGCUGGCCACAUGUAUUCCUUCAGAGAAACCUGUUAAGAUGUACAAAAAAGGAAAAGUUUGCCAAAGGUAAGCAUGCAAAGAAGAAACGAGGAAGUUGUCCAUCCUCCAAGGUGAAAUUCAAGAGGGCUAAACAGGAAGAGCACAGCGAUCUGAUUUAUGAGAUUAUUGAAGUGGAGGAGAAUCGCAGGAAACCUUUGAGACACACACUGUUCAUUCAAGACAGUGAUGAAGAUAACAAAAUGUGCAGGACACAUAGUUGUGAUCUCUCCAAAUCCAAACGGCCUGCUUGCUUCACCGGACUUCCCUCUGGUUCUCAAUCUGCAAGGGGAGUGACUGAAAGGGACAGAGGGAGGAGGGGCAUGAGCAUGAAACAGAAAAGCGCUACAAGGAAGGAGGGUUCAGAAAGUCGGGGCAAAAGCAAGCCCCCUGCUUCCAGCGGCCAGGCCCCCUCAUCGGGUAACUUCUCCUGGCUGCGGACAGGGGACUUCAGGUCCAUGCUGGCCAAGCUGGAAGCACCACAGACCACAGUGGUCAAGGAGAUCUGGUGAUGUUGUGUGCACCAUUGCUAAAACCAUAAUUAUAAUUUAAAAAGUACAGUACACUGUAGGUUGGCUCACUAUAAGCCAGUGGUGCACAACUCUGGCCUUCAAGAUCCAUUGUAGUCUAGGUCUUUAUUCCAAGCAGGUCCUGAAUUAGUUCAUCAAAGCUGCUGAGGGCCACUUUAUCACAUACAGUUUGUAGGCACAGUGGCACUCUUCAGACAGCUGAUGGUUCUAUACAGUGUGUUGUUAUUGUUCAGUUCAGUUAUGUAAUAAUAAAUAUUGUUUGAGCCUGUCAGAAAUAUGCAGAGUACCCAAUUACCCCAGGACUAAAUUUCAAGUCACACAUGCCUGGUUUCAUAAAGAACCGAGGCUGGAAAAUGUAUUUUUAUUAUUAUUAUUAUUAUUAUUAUUAUUAUUAUUAUUAUUAUUAUUAAAUAAUCAUAAUCAUCAUCAUGAUAAAUGCAGAAAGACAAACGGGACAGGUGUUUUUAUAGACGCAGUAGUUCUGGGACAAAUAUUUGAAUAUUCGCUGCUUGAAAUGUAUUAGUUUGCAUUACCAUGUUAGUAUUCAUAAAUGACGGCUGAAAUAAACAACACGAAUUCUACUGUACAUAACCGUGUUUAACGCUGUUUUCUUGAAUAGUUUUUUGACGGGGUAAGGUUUUUAUUUGUAUUUAUUUAUUUAUUUUACUGAAAGCAUGUUUGUCCCAGCACUAACACUAUUGUAUUAUUAUUAGUGGUCCUCUUCAAUUGACUAUUUAUUUAGCGCAGUGUCUGGGAGUGUCUUUUAUUUACAUUAGUUUAGGUAUCCCAUCUCAACUGUAGGAAUCCUUUUUUUAGUUUACUUUUAUUUUUUACAGGACAUGUAGUAAAUUGUGUUUUAAUUGUUUUAGAGAUUA